CUGAGGGGGCAGUGGAAAGGCCUGGCAGCCGAGUCGGAGAUUCUAGAGACUAUUAUCUCCACUCGAAGUGUUGUCCCAUCGUGGGGACCUGAAGAAGGGCCCCUUCGCUCUCCCAGAUGGCGUCCACGCUCCCCACAUCAGAUGACCAGGGACCACUGUUGUUUGAAGAUCUGGACGUGUAUUUUUCUCAAGAGGAAUGUGUGAGUCUACAUCCUGCCCAGAAGACCAACAGCAGAGACGCCCCACUGGAGUGUGUUGAGGAUUUGGACUUGACAGGAGGGGAAGACAAGACUGAGACCAAUCAGCAGUUAAGCCUAAAGUCUAUGGAACUUGAAGAGCUGUCCCUAGAAACGUACUCCAUUGCUGCACCCCUUGUCCAUUUCUCUGAAAAAUCUGAGGAUGAUGUUGGAACACAUGAAAGCCAAAUGUCAGGUGGAACUUUCACUUGCAAGACUAAGGUUAUAAGCCUCUUGGUUACCAUUGAAAACCAAACCCCACUAGUAGAAUUAUCUCAAUGUUUAGGAGUCAAAACACUUUCUGAUAUUAUUGAAGUUCCAUGGGAAGAAGCCAAAAAUGUGUACAAGUGUCCUGACUGUGACCAAAGUUUCAGUGAUAAUACAUACCUUGUUUUGCAUCAGAAAAUUCAUUCAAGAGAGAAAAAGUACAAAUGUAGUACCUGUGAGAAGACCUUCAGUCACAGAACCAACCUCAGGACACAUAAGAGAAUCCACACUGGUGAGAAGCCUUACAAGUGUACCAAGUGUGCUGCCAGCUUCCGGCAACAGUCACACCUGUCCCGACACAUGAAAAGCCAUAUAAAGGAAAAACCAUAUACAUGUUAUGUAUGUGGGAGAAGUUUUAUGUGGCUCCCAGGAUUGGCAGAACAUCAGAAGAGUCAUACUGAUAAAAAUUCUUAUCAGUGUGCUGACCGUGAUCAACGUUAUUGUCCAGAAACAAAUCUGGCUUUGCCUGAAAGAACAGGCUCAUCAGACACCCCAUACCAGCACACACAGUGUGUGAAGAGCUUGGAGCAGCCCUCAUACCCUGCUCUCCCUGAGAAGGACCAUAAGGAUGAGUCUAAGAACUGCAGUAUUGAUGAUGAAGACUUUUUUUCAUUCUCCAGAUUCAAACCCUUACAAUGUCUUGAUUGUGACAUGACCUUUCCUUGUUUCUCGGAGCUUGUUUCUCAUCAAACCAUUCAUGACAUGGAAAAACCUCAUAAAUGUAAAACAUGUUCAAAAACUUUUGCUUUAGAAUCAGAACUUUCAUCCCAUGAGAAGACCCACAUAAGAGAAGAACCUUUUAAAUGUACAGUAUGUGGGAAGAGCUUUAGAGUGAAUAUGCAUCUCAUCACUCAUAAACGAACCCAUAGGAGAAACACCAAGUAAAUACAAGCUUUUGCUGCUACUGUGUGGGCUUUUCAGUAUAUCUAUGAUGGGAAACACUGCUUAUGUGUGGGGCACCAGGAUAAGCAAGCACUUUACACACAUUCCAUGUAAUGCAGGCAGUAUUAUUUAUUACAUCUGAUUUAGAACAGAGGAGACAUAAUCAAUGUUACAUAGAUAGCAUGUGAAGCCAGGAUUUGAACCCAGUUACUUGAUCAAAUUCCAUUUAUAUGAGCCAGAGUAACAUGAAACUUUACAAUUCUGCUUUUGACUGCUGGAUGCAAUGGCACACACCUUUAAUUUCAGAAAUUAAGCAGCAGAAACAGGAGGAUAUCUGUGAGUUCAAGGCCAGCCUGGUCUACAUAAUGAGUUCCAGGAUAGCCAGGGCUACAUAGUAGAAUCCUGUCUCAAAAACCAAAAUAAUUUAGUUUUUGUUAAAAUGAAGGUUAUUGCUAAUUUUUUUUUUUAGGAAGAAGAAACUAUUUUUUGUCAGUUUUGUACAUGUAGUAUCUAGGAAAAUGAAUGUAUUUAUAUUUCUUUUUAUACUUUUGUUAAAACUAUUUCAGUGUAAUGUUUGUAUAGAAUAUUUGUUUUAAUGUGAAUUUCUAGUUCAGGACUCCAUAUAAAGCUACCAAAUGAGCCAACUU